AUGAGCAUAACAAACACAAAACAUAGUUACAAACUCUCAGUGAAAAAAGCCACAAGAAGAACAAGAAGAAGACAAAUGGAAGAAAAAUGCAAGUCUAAGAAGAAGAAGCUGUCAUUGAAGCUAAAAGCACUUAAAAAUUUAAUCCCUUCUCACAAUGGAGAUGAAGUGAAAACUGAUGAAUUGUUCAAAGAAACUGCUGAUUAUAUUGUUUUUCUUAGGACAAGGGUUUUCAUUCUUCAGAAGCUUGUUGAGAUUUAUGGAAACAACAAUGAGAAUCAAAUUGAUGUAUUGUUAUAG